AACAAGUCGGGUGCAAAAAAAAAUGUUCCAUUUCGUUGGAAAAAAAAAAAGUGCAUGCCCUGACUUCCAAAUCAUAGCUUCUUUUUUCCUCCCCAAUGACAAUGAUCGAUCCUGUUUCGCCAUCCACUGUUGACAAUGGACCUUUAGGCCCAUCAUCCAGAGUCGCUGGAUUGGACAGAGACAUUGGGAACGGAGAACAAGCUUUGAUACUGUCAAUGACCUCGAUGUCGCAUGUGAAUGAGGAAGACAGUGAACUCUGUCCACCUAGGCAGAUCUUACCCUCUGACCUGGCUUGGGUCAUGCCCGAUCGGUGGUCGAUUGACACUUUUUCGCCUUCUAUUGUCAGCCCCGACAAGUAUUAUCUUAUUUCUGCUUCGAAAGAUCAUUUCCCCAUGCUACGUGAUGGUCCCACCGGCGACUGGAUUGGGACUUAUCUACAGGAUCCUAUCGUCCGUGCCGUGAGCUUGAAUCACCAUGGUGGAAGUGAUAGCGAUACCAACAUUGUGUCUGGCGGGCAUGAUGACAAGUGGAAGAUCCUUGAUGUCAUUGGAUCCUGUCCGCUGGUGAGGAACGGAGGAGAUGCCAAGGUGCGUGUUUGGGACGAGCGUACAUUGAGAUGGUGUGGUUAUCUUCAAGGUGAAACGGUACAGCAGCAGCGCGCCUCCGUAAGUAGUCGUCGUCCUCGGGGUGGUGGAAAAGGUGAUGGUGAAAAGGCUCUACCCAAGCACCCUCACUUCUAUGGCACUCUCUUUGGAUGGGAAUUAUCUUUCGUGGGCAGUUGGAGACACUGCCCACUUUUGGCAAGUCGGACAGGUCAAUGACGCACUGUUUUGAUUCUCUCUCCUACCAAAGCGGGAGG